AACCGGUGUUGCUGAUUUCGGACCCCGGGGGCUGGGGCCAAGUGGGCAAGGGGCUCCGCUUCGAGUCCCGGGCCCCACCUCGCCUUCCCUCUCUACAGAGCGGGGUCCGGAGCGGUCCGGGGCGGCACGGCUCCCAGCCUCCUGUGACCCCUCCCCAGCGAUGGCCGCAGCCCGCCCGGCCCUGGGCCGCGUGCUGCCCGGCUCCUCCAUCCUCUUCCUGUGCGACAUGCAGGAGAAAUUCCGAGGCGUCAUCUCCUUCUUCCCUCAGAUCGUGGCCGUGUCCGCCCGCAUGCUCCAGGUGGCCCGCGUGCUGGACAUCCCCGUGAUGCUGACAGAACAGUACCCCGAGGGCCUUGGUCCCACAGUGCCAGAGCUGGGGGCCCAGGGCAUCCGAGCCGUGCCCAAGACGACCUUCAGCAUGGUGGUGCCCGAGGUGGAGCGGCUGAUGAAGGCCAAGCCGGGCCUGAAGUCGGUGCUGCUGUGCGGCAUCGAGGCCCAAGCCUGUAUCAUGAGCACAGCCCUGGACCUGCUGGAGAGAGGCCUGGACGUGCACGUGGUGGCCGACGCCUGCUCCUCCCGAAGUCAGGUGGAUCGGUUGCUGGCUUUCCAGAUGCGCCAGAGCGGGGUCUUCCUCACCACCAGCGAGUGCCUCAUACUGCAGCUGGUGGGCGAUUCUGCCCAUCCCCGCUUCAAGGAGGUGCAGAGAUUCAUUAGGGAGCCAGCCCCCGAUAGCGGCCUCCUCGGCUUGUUCCAGGGCCAGAGCCCCCUCCUCAGCUGAACACCUUCAGACCCUCCCCCCCCCCAAACACACACACCGAGUCAGCCUGGGCUCCCCUCUCCUGGGGGCGAAGGGCUCAGUCCCGGG